AUGGCGCGGCCUCCGCGUAGCCACGCUCGACGGAGCUCCUACAAGAGAGGUCAGAAGAAGAAGGCCAUGCAGGUGCUGCUGCAGCAGUUGCUCGUCAUGAUGUUGACUGACGACGACAGCGAUGCCCCCGCACACCGCGGCAACUUUGUGUACCGCGAGAGGAGGUCGUUCUACACAUAUGUGCGACCCAUGGUCGAGGACAACACGUUCAGGAAGCGCUUCCGCAUGGACUACACCGACUUCAUGACCCUGGCAGACAUCCUACGUCCCAAGCUUCAAAGGGACGAAAAGAUGGGGGCUCUGCGCAACGGCGCUAUCCCGGUGGAAUUUCAGCUAGCGAUGACUCUCCGCUUCUUGGCGGGCGGGAGUGUGUUCGAGGUCAUGGACUCGAACGUCAUCGCUAAGAGCACGGCGUAUGCGAUAGUGCACCGUGUUAUCGAUGCUAUCAACCAGACCAGGCAAUUGAACUGCAAAUGGCCUUAUGGGGAUGAUGCCGAAGCCCAGGCCGAGCUGUACCGGAGGCGAAGCACGAACGGCGUCAUCCGAAGAUGCGUGGGAGCCAUGGAUGGGCUGUUCGUGCGGUUGAUCCCGCCAUGCCUCAAGAGGCACGCGGUUCCCGGUUCGUUCUACAGUGGACACAAGAAAGCUUUUGGCAUGAACUUCCAGGGAAUCUGCAACGCCAGCUACGAGAUCAUCACGUGGACGAUGAACUGCCCGGGAAGCCAAAAUGAUCGCACGGCGUUCAAGCAUUCUGGUUUCGACGCUCUCCUGAGCAAGAUGCCACCCGACUGCUUUAUCGUUGGCGACGCCGCCUACCCGGCGUCGAAUCGAGUGCUCGUCCCCGACCCUGGCACUGCCCUCACCCUCAGCCAAGACGCGUACAACUUCUACCAGUCGCAGGCCAGGAUCUCCAUCGAACAAGCGUUCGGUAUACUGGUGAAGACGUGGGAAAUUCUGUGGAAGCCGCUGGCGAUUCGACUAGACCGUGUCGGCCACGUCAUGAACGCGAUCGUUCGGCUGCACAACUUCUUGCGUCGGCGCCGGGCCCCUGUCCUUCAGUCCGCGUGGAAUGUACCCAUGCCUGAGAGCGUGACCUUCCACCCAGACGGGGGAAUCGACGGGAGCUACUACGACACGGUGCCCACACGGGGCAGGCCAUCGAAGGCUGCAGAGGUGUGCAUGCCUCGCGAGAUCAUUCGUGACUAUCUAGACCAGAAAUCCAUGGGGCGACCGAGGUUCAACCUCAACCGCAACGUCAACCGUGUCAUCUGA